ACGACGCGUCAGCUUGGAAAACCGAACGAAAAUACGCUCAGUUAUCCUCAGCUACUCUGAGAACUUCGACGAAUAUCUGGCGUUAUUUGACUUUAUUCCUGUUUUAGCGAAUGUUUGACGUUAUUUGUGUUGUGGAUUUUUGUGUGUGUGCUUUUAGCUUAGUUUUUUUCGUUAUUAGUUCGCGAGACUCAAGUUUUUUAAAAUCCAAAUAUGAGGACACACGACGACGCUAAGGUAAAGACCAAGACAUGGCGGCACCAAUGGCUGGCGAAGAGACUCGUUGCUGUGUUGGUACUGGCGGCAUUAACGGGGACUAUAGGAUACUUCUUCGCGUUCUCUUCUGCGGAUUACGAGGUUUUCCAAAGCCCGAGCUUUGACGGGAAGCUGAAAGAGGUGUGCCAGAAUCCUGUGCUUCCAAUGUUAGAGUACAGAGGUGUACAGAGCUUCUUCGAGUACCUAACACAUCCUGAUUCUAGUUACUGCUAUUCAUGGGUCGAAUUUGGUGGGGAGAAGAUACCCAUUCCUGCACAGAGUGAACGUGAGUGUGCGGACGAAGUGAGAAAGAGCAAAUAUGCUUGCUUUAAUGACGAGUUCAAGAUGACCCAUGAUCCGUGCCUGAUCUACAGCUUCGACAAAGAUUACGAUAACCAGUUCGAGAGAGACAUGGACAUGUUCAGUUGCGAGGUACACGCCUUUGACGUCAACAAGGUGAAAGAAGCUGAGCACGUCCAACGGACAGAGUUCUGGAAGGAACAUGCUUGGACCAUCGGAGAGUAUCCCUACGACAAACCCCAAGAUGGUGGUGGCGUGGAGAGAAGGAGAUCGCUCGAUUACAUCACCACAGCUCUGAAACACAGGAACCAGGAAAUUAAACUCCUGAAGAGUGAUAUGGAGGGACGAGAAUGGAUCCUGUUGCGGCAAAUUAUCACUCAUUCGCAGACCAUCGAUAUCAAACAGAUAGCUGUCCGCCUUCACAUCCCAACAAGCAUCAAUGUGAUGUCAGGAGAAUCUCGCCAUGAGUACUUCGGCAAACUUUUCCAGGUGUUCCAAGGGCUGAACUGCGCCGGUUACAAGUACGUCCUGGGACGACCAGUCCGAUACUACAAAGGAACCCUCCGUAUACCAGAGAUGACCAACAGGACGUUUUACCCAGCGUACGAGGUCAACUGGGUCAAGACUUCUCAAAAACUCUCUAACCAGCAGUGACGCACAGCGGGAAAUAUAUGAGGAGCGUUGACACUCGGCUCCUGGAAUUCAUUUUGUCAAUACAAAAUAUGCAAUUUAGUUUAACUGCUAUAUAUGAAUUCAGCAGAUUACGUGAAUAGAUAAUGUAAGGUGAAGUAGACAGAGUGUCCAUAAAGUCCCAGUACCAUUCUGAGCCAUAAAUACUUGUAAUCACUCUGAACUCAGGAGAAAAUUCAAUAGCCGUAAGAACAUUAAUCGUCUGGAUCUUUCAGUACCUUACAAAAUAUAAUGAAAACAUUAGCAAC